GAGAGGUGGUCGCUCAUCACACCGGAGGACACACUCGUUGCUUUUUUCCAUGUGGAAAUUAAACUUGCGAAAGUGAACAUGGCCAGCGCAAAAUACUUUUGUGGAUACAUAACGGCUUGAUGAUGCAGUGAAGCAUCCAGCACCCAGCAGCAGCAGUGGGUGGAAAAAGAACAAAAGGAGGAAGAAUUGAAAGAAGAGGACAUAUACCGUACGUACACCCCUCCAAAAAACAUGGAUGCCAUCUCCAACAUCACCCUCUCCGCGGGGCUCACGGUCCAACCCUCCUCCACUUCCUCGUCCUCCUCCUCCCUUUUCCCCACCCCCUCCUCCUCCCCACUGGACGACAGUGUGAUUGACACUGGCGAGGGCCUAUACGACUCUUACCUCCCCGCCUACGACGUCAUGCUGGACUACGAGGUGCCCCUGGACCAGAUCCCCGACACCACGCAAGGGAACGCGUUCUUCGUCGCCACCAUCGUCAUCGCCGUGGUCCUGGUCGUCAUCAUCCUGGUGUGCGGCGUCGGUAAUUGCCUGUUCAUCGCCGCGUUGGCGCGCUACAAGAAGCUGCGCAACCUCACCAACCUGUUGAUCGCCAACUUGGCGGUGUCGGACGUUCUGGUGGCCGUGGUGUGCUGCCCGUUCCUGAUGGAUUACUAUGUGGUGAAACAGCUGUCUUGGGAGCACGGCUUGGUGCUGUGCGCGUCCAUUAACUACCUGAGGACUGUCUCGCUGUACGUGUCGACCAACGCUCUGCUGGCCAUAGCUGUGGACAGGUACAUGGCUAUCGUCCACCCUCUGCGCCCGCGUAUGAAGCACCAGACGGCGUACUGCCUCAUCCUGGGCGUCUGGGUGGUGCCCGUCCUCAUCUCCAUCCCCGCCGCCUACUUCGCCUCGGAGACCAAGUACCCCACCCACGGCAACGGUGGCCAUAGCAACAGCGACUACCACGCCAGCAUCAGCACCAGUAGCAUCAGCCUCAGCACCGGCUUCAGUGAUGGAGGAGCUGGAGGCGGUGGCGGUGUUACCGGCGGUUACGGCGGUACCCGUAACCACAAGACCUUCUGUGCCCAGAUCUGGCCCGUGGACCGUCAGGCGAUCUACCGCUCCUACUUCCUGCUGGUGUUCGCCGCCGAGUUCCUGGGUCCCGUGGCCGUGAUGUUCGCGUGCUACGUGCGCGUCUCGCGGGAGCUCUGGUUCAAAGGCAUGCCGGGCUUCCCCACGGAGCAGCUCCGGAGACGGCUGCGACGACGACGGCGAACCGUGCUUGUCCUGAUGGCGGUCCUGGUGGCGUACGUGCUCUGCUGGGCGCCCUACUACGGCUUCGCGCUGCUGCGGGACUUCUACCCGACGCUCAUCUCCCGGGGACGCCACUCGCUGGUCGUGUUCUACGUGGUGGAGUGCAUCGCCAUGAGCAACGGGGUCAUCAACACGCUGUGCUUCGUGAGCGUGAGGAGGGCCAGGUGUCCCUGGGGGAGGAGAAGAAGGACGCUGGGUGGUAGUGGAGCCGGGGGCGCCAGGGGGUCCCGGGGGACCACCAACUGGACCAUGGUGACGGGUAAGGAAGGGAACGAUAUCACCAUGGGGAAGGUGGUGAUGGUGGACGAGGAUGGGGAUGGGGACGAUGAUGAUGGGGACAUGGACCCCGGUACCGAGACUGCGGAUGCAACGGAGAUGAGGUGA